AUGACAAUAACUAGUCAUAAAAAAAACAUUGAUGAAACAUUAUCAGGUGAUGCAUCUCAAAUUUUAUCAUCAUCAAUAUCAGGAGCAUCUUCACUAGUUUUACUUCAACUUGUCAGUAGAUUAUCAACAUUUAUUUUGAAUCAAAUAGUAUUACGAUAUACUGAUCCUGCAACAUUUGGAAUUGCUUCAGUGCAACUUGAAUUAUUGCUUGCUACUAUAUUAUUUUUAUCACGUGAAGGUUUUAGAUGUGCUUUAUUAAGAGUUGGUGGUGGUGACGAUAGCGAAAUAAUUGAUAAUGAUGACAAUGAAAAAGAAACUGGAAAAUCCGGUGAUUUAAAAAAAAUAAUUGCAAAUUCGAAUAAAGGAGCUAUUCAAAAGGUCACUAAUCUUUCUUAUAUUCCUAUUCCUAUUGGAAUAAUCACAUCAUUUAUGGCAUGUCUAUUUUACAUUUACUAUGCAACUGAGGAGACCAAGGAAGCUCCUUAUUAUGUUACAUCUGUAAUUUUAUAUGGUUUAUCCGCAUUUGGUGAACUCAUUAUUGAACCUCUUUACAUACUUGCUAUGAAUAAAUUGAUUUUUAAACUUCGGGUCGGUUGUGAAGGGGUUGGCGUGAUUGUUCGUUGUAUCAUUACACUUUCUUUGACAAUAUUGGGAGCCCCAGAUGAUAAAGAAAAAGCACAGAAUGAAUAUGGAAUUUUGGCAUUUGCAAUUGCACAGUUUGCAUUUACUCUAGUAUUAAUAAUAGGAUAUAUUGGCUAUUUUAUAUAUAGUGGUGAGAUUAAAUUAUUGGUACCAAGAAAGAUUAUAGAUCAAAGACAAAAAAAAGAAUAUUGGUUUGAUGAACAUUUUUUUAAUCUUUCAAAAACUUUUACAAAACAAUCGUUAUUAAAACAUGUUUUGACUGAAGGUGAUAAAAUGUUAAUUACAUGGUUAAGUAAUCCUAAUGAUCAAGGAAUUUAUGCGAUUGUAGUAAAUUAUGAAACUGGUAGAACUUUAUUUUCGAAACUACUCAGCGUCUCCGGUGAUGAUGAUGAUGAUAUUAAAAAUAAAAGAUCUAUAAAAAAUUACAAAAUAUUUUAUGCAUUAGAUAUUUUACUUAUAAUAAUCAAAUUUCAUAUUUUCCUUGGACUUUUUUUCAUUGGAUUUGCAACAAAUUAUACUGGAACUUUAAUUGAUUUAUUAAUUGGCUCUUCAUGGUCAAAUUUAUCUACACCACUUGUAUUGUCUGUAUAUUGUUUAUAUAUCCCUAUAAUGGGAAUUAAUGGAAUUACAGAAGCAUUUGUGGCAGCUGUAGCGACAGAAGAGACACUUAAAAUAUUGAAUUAUUGGUUGAUAUUAUUUUCUGCUGGAUUUGUUGGUGCUGGAAUAUUUUUUAUGAAGAUUCUUUCAACAGGAGCUGUUGGAUUAAUUUUUGCAAAUAUGUUUAAUCUUUCAAUACGUAUCAUAUGGAGUUGGAAUUUUAUUAGAAAUUAUUUUUUAAAUAAAUGUGAAUCAAAUGAAGAAAAAAAUUUAAUUCAACAAAAGUUAUCAAUCUUUAAUAUUUUACCAAAUUCAUCUGUAAUAUUAUCUUUUAUAAUAAGCUGGUUCAUAACAUAUUUAUCAAACUUAUACAUUGGAUGGGACACUUUUGAGGCCAAAAUCAAACAUAUUAGUGUUGGUCUUACUUUUAUGAAUGUUGUUAUUGGAAUAAUAUACUUGAAAGAAAAGAAAUAUAUAGAAGAUGUAUUGAAACUUGCUGAUGUAAAAAGAAAAGGAUCAUUAAAAAUUGAAUAA